AGCACAUUACAUUGUCUAUUGCAUCUGAGACGGCGAGAGGGGAAACGGUACAAAUAGGCAACCGACCGCAAUUCAGGACGGAGGAGAUAUUUUGUUUACUAUUUACUGUUAUUGAUUGAUUGUUCGAAUACGCUUGGUUGUUCGAUUGUUAGCUAUACAAUAACCCAACUACCCGGGUUUCGACGUCGACCUCGCUCCGUAUAGCUGCGUCUGCGACGGCAUACCAACGACGAGACACCAGAAGCAAGAGCCAAGCAACAAGAACCAAGGCUCCAAGACUCCAUAUCGCUCAAAAUGUCACACACAAUGGGCCAUGGCGACCAUGACGCCUCCGCGGCGCGCUGCAACAUGAACAUGCUCUUUACCUGGUCCACUCAAGAUCUCUGCAUUAUCUUCCGCUCCUGGCACAUCACCGGGCCCAUAACACUUACCAUCUCCCUCCUCGCCAUUGUCGCUCUCGUGGCUGGGUUCGAGGCUCUGCGCGCCACGACCGCGCGAUACGAUGCUGCGCUGUUGAAGCGGAGGGAUGAACUACCCCGACAGCAACAAACUUCGAGGGAUGUGCGACGCGCAAAAGUGGCGAGGAGCGCUCUGUACGGAUUGCAGACGUUUUAUGCGUUUAUGAUUAUGUUGCUGUUCAUGACAUACAACGGACAGGUGAUGAUUGCCGUCGGCAUUGGAGCUUUUGUGGGACACCUGGCGUUUGGGGGUGCGACGACAGCGACGAGGGAGACUGCUUGCCAUUAGUGGAAGGAAGGAGCAAACGGCUGAGAGAACUGGGAGGGAAGGAGCAACCAAUGAAGAGACGGGAUUCAAGAGGAAAUAGCGAACGGACUCGCAGGGAAGGAGCAACCGAUGGAGAGAUGAGACUCGAAGAGCAGGUGCAAACGGAAAAGAGAACACGGAAGGAACGAGCAGAUGGCCGGGGAAACAGCGACCAAGACACCAUACUGCGGGCAUUCCAUUCUAUUGAGCGAAGUGCAAUUGUUUACCAUAUAGUUAUAUAUCCAUCCACAUCCACACCCUCCAAGACCCCUUGAUCUGAUAAUAACCCGA